UUAACUUCGUUUUUUUUGCUCGACGACAUUGACAAAACACAUACUAGCAUAAAAUAUAAAUAAAAUAUAAAUAAACGAAACGAAGCGAAGCGAAGGGAAAGGAAAGGCUUGAGUUUAUUACGACGUGUCUGCAUUUGACCCCGGUGUCCGGAGAACUGGAAAGUGCGCGCUCGCCGCCGAGACAAGUGGAACAGGAGGAUCUGGAACGGGAACGGGAGGAGCAGGUGGACAAGGAGGAGGCGAAGUGGGCUAAGAUAAGAGGAGCAACCAAGGAGGAUAUCGGGGAUGGCUGGAUCAGCGCUGCGCCGCCUGAUGGCGGAAUACAAACAGUUAACACUCGACCCGCCCGAGGGCAUUGUGGCCGGCCCCAUCAGCGAGGACAACUUCUUCGAGUGGGAGGCACUAAUUGCCGGACCAGAGGGCACUUGCUUCGAGGGCGGCGUCUUUCCCGCCCGCCUCGUCUUUCCACCCGACUACCCACUGAGUCCGCCAAAAAUGAAAUUUACUUGUGAUAUGUUCCAUCCCAACAUCUUCGCCGACGGGCGAGUCUGCAUAUCAAUACUGCACGCCCCUGGCGACGAUCCCAUGGGCUACGAGCUGUCCGCGGAGCGCUGGAGUCCCGUGCAGAGCGUCGAGAAGAUCUUGCUCAGCGUGGUCAGCAUGCUGGCGGAACCCAACGAUGAGAGUGGCGCCAAUGUCGAUGCCGCCAUUAUGUGGCGCGAACGAAGAGAAGAGUUCAACGCCAUCGCCCGUCGACUGGUGCGCAAAACCCUCGGAUUGCCGCCGUAGAUGAUUAACUGAGGAAAUGGAACUGCAACUGGACCAUGUCCGCCACCGUCGUCAACCCAACCUUCACAACCCAACACGAUUCCAAGAUUGCGCCAAUCCCCCGCCCCGCCCCACAGAAAAUGCUAAAGCACAGUUCCCACAAAAACCAUCCGGCUAACCGACAAAAGACGUUUUAAAUUAGCAAAAAAUCAAGAGCCUAGCAAUAAAAUCGACUGUCAACUAA